AUGCCUGUAAGUAUGACUUAUUAAUUUGAUACUAGAUGUAUAAUUUACAUGUAUUUAUAAUGUGUUAAACUUAAACUGAACUUGGUAUAAAAUGUUCAUGAAAGAUUAAUUUAUUAUUGAUGUUUAAAAUAAUUAAUAGCAUGCUUUUCAAGUUUAAUUUAUCUGUUUAGUGACUUUAGAAUAAAGAAUAUUUGAUUUAAUAUUAUAUGAUUAUUUUAUAUGUAAUAUGAUUAUUCUAGUCAAAUAAGAAUUAAUAAUAAGUAAAAAUAUAUACAUGUAAUAUAUUAUUUAAAUUACCUAGUACUAGAAAUAAAAAUGUGUAAAAUGAAUUAGUGUCAUUAUGAAUAUGAAAUAUAAUAAUAUAAUAGAUACCUAUUUUUGUAUAGGUAAAUAUGUUUAAGAAAUGUAUCCAGUCUAUUUUAAUAUUUUCAAUGUAGUUUAUUUUAUCUUUCAUUCUUUCAUCACAAUCAUAUACUGUUAUCUCUGUUUGUAUAUUGGUCAAAUAUUUAUUAAUAUGUCUUGGAUAUUAACAUGAUGCAGGAUAUAAGUUAUUGUAAUUUUUUGAUAUUUUAAUUUGAUUUUCUCAUAUCAAGUUAAUUUUUAAAAUUUAGUUUUGUUUUUUAAUAUUUAAUCUGUCAUUGGUUACAUUUGAAAAUUUAUAUACAUAUGAACAUAUUAGAUGGAUACUGAUAGAUGAUAAUAGAUAAUUAAUUGCAAUUUUGGUUAAUGCCCUUCUAUUUUUAGAUUAAAUGUAUCUGAUAACUACUAGGUAAUAAACCAAUAUAAAAGACGGUGUUGACCAAAAUAAUAUUGUGGUAAGUGAUUCUCUCACUACACAACCAAUGACGAAUUAGUAAAAUAAUUGAAAAAUGAUAAUUUAUUUAUUAUCUACAAAAAAAUUAGAUACUGGCUGUUAUACCAGUAAUCGUAUAAAAAAUACUUGAAAAAUAAACCCCCAAAAUAACAAUACAGUUAAAAAUAAUAAUAUUUAAAAAGUUUACAGAUUUAUGCUGCAAUUUUAUUUAUACAGAUAAAUUAUCUUCUGAUCAUUGUCAUCUGUAUUAUCUUGUAAAACAUUGCCCAUAAUUAUUUUUUUAUCAAAAAUACAUAGAAACUGAUUUUGGAGGGAUGGUAGUGGGAUAGUUCUUUGGACAAUGCAGACCAUUAGCCUAGUAGUUUUUUAGUACAUAUUAGUAUAUAGAUUACAAACAAAACAUUAAAUUACUAGAAAAUUUUUCAGACAUACUAGACUAUUUUGAUGCAUAUUAUGUUAAUGGCAAACAGAAUAAUUUGAAACUAUAAAAAUAAUAUUAGAUUUCUAAAACUGCCAUUAAUGUACCCACUAAAUGUAUGGAUAAUCAAUGAAACUACCCUCAAUGACUGCCUCAUAACCAACAGUGUUGUUGAAGGAUAGAAUAAUAAGUUCUCUAAAUUAGUUGGUUAAAAACGUUUCACAAAAUGGAAACUUAUACUGAUUAAUCUGUUUUAAAGAAACAAAAUGAUGAUGAGAUAAGUAUUGGAGAUUUUUUGAUAGCUGACAGCUGUGUCCAGCAAUGUACUCAAGCCACUGACUGAUUUAUACUAUAUUCAAUUUUUAUAUAUAUAUAUAUAUAUAUAUAUGUCAAAUUAUUUAUUAUGUAUUAUUUUUGACAGUAUAGUUGCUGUGGAGAUUUUUUUUUUGGUAUUUGUUUAAUUCUUACUGGCCAUCUGAACAGUAUACAUUGACCUGUCGCUUAGGUUUGUUUAUUUAUCUUGAACGACCAGUAGAUUGUAGAUGGCUUAAAUGUAAAUCUCACUUUGUUAGCAUUUAUUUUUAUAUAAUUAGUAGAUAAAUCAAAAUCGCAAAUGAUUAUUUUAAUCUUAAUAUAUCAUAAUUUUAUUGUGAACUUAUCGAGUAAUACAAUUCAACAGUGUGUAUUUAUGAAAAUUGUAUAUUUUACAAUAUUAUAUCAAUCUUAAUGAAAAUGUUAUGAAAAAAUUAUUUAACCAAACAUUUUAAUUUUAUCAUUUGUACACAGAUGUUUAUUAUUAAUACUUAUUAGGUAAAUUAUAAUUAUACAUUUAUUUUAGGAAGUCAAUUCUCAUAGGAAAAGUAUAUUCUUAGUAGAUCUCUACCAAAAAAAGUUUUACCUUUCCUGAUUUAUAGCAAAUACGUAAACCUUAGAUAUUGUUAUGGAGUAAAUGCAUUAAAUUUUUAAGUACAAUUGAUAAAUUAAACAAUAAAUAGGUAGUAUUCUAAAUAGUUAAAAAUCUAAUAAUCUAAUACUAGUAUCAAUUAUAAAAUAUUAAUAAUUAAAUUAAGAUGGAGAUUAAAUCUCUUUUAAAUUGGCUCAUCUACUUAAAUUCUUUUGAACUAUUGUGAUUUGAUUAUCACAAAAAAUAAGUUUAUCUCAAGCACCAAGAAUUAUAACAGUUCUCGUUUGAUUUAAGGGCUAAGGACCCAUUAGAUCUUUAAUCUGGCCUUACCUAUCUUGUAGACUGUGUAUAUUUAAAAUUUAUAUUAAUAAUACAUUAUUUAGAUAUUGGGGCUACAGGGAAUUUAGGUAGGUAUAUAAUUUAAAUCGGGUAUUUUAGUUUUUAGAUAGUAUAGAAAUUUUAAAAUUUGAUUGGGAAGAUAUAGUUAUGAUAACAUAAUUUUUCAAAUUACAUUAAUAAAACUGAAAAAAUACAGAUCAUUGGCUAUGUCCCUACUACAAAUUUUGUUUUUCAUAUUGUCUAGGUAUAUUGUACAUAUGCCUGUAUAAUUAAUUAUAAAUUGCUUAUUAAAAUACGAUCUUUUCUAAAACUGUACCCACAUUUAGCAUUGCUCAGUGCCUUGGAAAUAAUAAAUUAUGAUAUUUAUUUAUUUAUGAUGUCAUAAUCUGUUACAUUUUUUGAAUAUUACUUAGGUUAGUUUAAUUUGAUAAUAGUCUGUAUCUAAGAAAAAUUACAAAACUGUAAAAUAUUUAUGUAUUCUGUUAUAUUAAAAUCCAUUUUCAGGCAUAUCAUUCUAAUAUAAAAGAUUACCAACAACUAGCUGGAAAUAUGGCAAUAGUUCCAUUAAAAUCUCAAUACAAAGGUCCAGCCCCAUUGCUCAGCUCUACAAAUGCAGAUAUGGAUAUAAUUGAUGAGGCAUUAUCAUAUUUCAAAGCAAAUGUAUUUUUUAGAUCAUACGAAGUUAAGGUAUUGCCUAUUCUUCUCAGUACAAUAAUCAUUUUUUAAUAAUAAUAAAUUAAAAUCAUCAUUUCAGAGUGAAGCAGAUCGUGUAUUGAUUUACAUAACUUUAUACAUAACUGAAUGUUUAAAAAAACUUCAGAAGUGUCAGAGUAAAGAUCAAGGAAUGUCUGAAAUGUAUUCAUUGGCACUUUAUAGAUUUGAUAUACCCGGUGAAGCUGGAUUUCCAUUAAAUUCAGUUUAUGCAAAACCAUCAUCAGUUGGUGAAGCAGGUAAUGGCUGAUACUUAACUAUCUUAUGGUGAAAUAAUAUUAAAAAUAUCAUAUUUUAAAUAGAUGUAAUGCGUCAAUACUUGGAACAGCUACGAAAAGAGACUGGCAAAAGAGUGUGUGAAAAAGUAUUUUCAACUGAUGAUGGAAAACCUUCUAAAUGGUGGUUAUGCUUUGCUCGUAAGAAGUUUAUGGAAAAAUCAUUACUUGCCCCAGGUCAAUAA